AUGCCGAUGCGAUGCGGAGUCUUGCGCUAUGAUCUUCAUGUGUUUCUGGUGAUUGUUUUUGGGACCAUACCGAUCAAGAUUUGGCGUAGAACAACGAAGAACAUAACAAACAACGUCACUUUAUCCACUGAAGAUCUCCUGUCAAGUCUUGUUUCAGAGAUCGAAAACAUCGGAAAAAUCAUCUAUCCGAAGACAAAUUUAUCUACAAUCGGUUUAGCCAGAGUUAUAGAUUCUUAUCUCACCAACAAUGACGUUACUCAGUUCACAGAGAUUCAAACCCAGAUCGCACCAAUGUUGUUUCAAGCUUAUACAACGAUCCCUCAAGUCUCACAAGUUUCCUACAUUAGUAGGAACGGUCUCUUGUUUUCUUACAUUACCAAGUUAAACACAAGUUUCUCUGUUUUUGCCAAUUCAAGUAGUGGAGAAGACUACACUUGGUACACUCAAACCGUUGAUCAGUUAACCGGUCGUCUCAACGGGAAUGCAAAGAAAUCUCAGCGCUAUACAGACUGGUUCCAAGACGUACAGGGAAAUUGCACGACGGCCUUUGUCGGAACAAGUUUAGGAGGAGAAGAUAAUGAGAAUCUGUUUCACAGAGUAGUUAGCUUGAACAGCAAGAAAGGAGCUGUUUCGUUAGGGUUUCCGGUUAAAACAUUCACCGGUGUUUUGAACCGAUUGAAUCUACACGGCGGAGAGCUUUACAUGUGGAAUAAAGACGGUACGUUGCUUGUUCGUCAAGGUUAUUCACUGAAUGCUUCUUUCUUCUUCUCCAAUGGCUCGACUUGCUUCGGUAAAGAAUCGAAAUUUCAAGCGUUUUGCUCUGUUCUUGAAGUUUCCGGUGUGCCUCUGAGCUACACACUUGUGUUUCCCAACAAAGACAGAGGACUAAGCAUCGAGAACGCAUCGAUGUAUCUGCUUAUUGUGACGAUGUUUUUGGGCUUGUGUUGGCCUCUAGGGUUUGUGGUGUUUAUGUUGCAAGCAGCAAGAAGAGAUAUGCAUAUGCGUGUAACACUGAUAAACCAAAUGGAAGCAACACAACAAGCUGAGAGGAAGAGUAUGAACAAGAGUCAAGCGUUUGCAAGCGCUAGCCACGAUAUUAGAGGUUCCCUUGCGGGAAUCACUGGUCUGAUUGAUUUAUGUCGUGAAGAAGUUAGACCUGGCUGUGAGCUAGAAACUAGUCUUGAUCAAGUGAAUGCAUGCACCAAGGAUUUGGUUGCUCUACUUAACUCUGUUUUGGACAUGAGCAAAGUCGAAAGCGGGAAGAUGCAGUUAGAGGAAGAAGAGUUCAACCUGGCAAAGCUUCUUGAAGAUGUCAUUGAUUUUUUUCACCCCAUGGCGAUGAAGAAAGGAGUUGAUGUGGUUCUGGAUCUGCACGAUGGCUCGGUUUUCAAAUUCUCAAAUGUGAGAGGAGAUAGAGGAAAAAUGAAGCAAAUUCUUAACAAUCUUGUUAGCAAUGCGGUUAAGUUCACAGUCAAUGGGCAUAUAUCGAUCCGAGCUUUGGCUCAGAAGCCAAGUUCCAAUAGCACUGUAUUCUUGGUAUCAGACCCUAAAAGAAAUGCAUCGAUGUUUUCAAAGUGUAAAGGGAUACCUAUGGAGAUGCGUAAAUCGGUGUUUGAAAACUAUGUUCAGGUAAGAGAAACAGCUCAAGGACAACAAGGAACUGGAUUAGGGCUUGGGAUUGUGCAAUCUCUGGUAAGAUUAAUGGGAGGGGAGAUAAGAAUCAUUGACAAGGCAAUGGGAGAGAAGGGGACAUGUUUCCAUUUCAAUGUUUUAUUGACAACCUUAGAGUGUUCAGUGAGUGACAUGAAAGUGAGAUACGACAUCGAAGCAGGAGGAGAUUGCAUAUCUACCCCGAACCUCGGGUUGAGAAUAACCACUUUGUUGGGAGGUGGCAUAAACAUAAGGAACCUGAGCCCUAGAUUAAACAACUUUCUCGGCUCGAGUCCAAAGCACGACGGUUCUCGAGUGGUUCUCCUACUGAAAGAUGAAGAACGAAGAAGAGUUACAGAGAAAUACAUAAAGAGUCUAGAAAUCAAAGUAACAGUGGUGGAGAAAUGGGAGCAUUUGAAUCAUGCUUUGGAGAGACUUUUCCGGUUUUCACCGCAGAGUUCUAUGGGAAGAGCAGAGUGUAGUUUGAGAUCAAGGGAGUUACCUCUGAUUGGCAUGGAUGGUAAAAGCCAAAUUCCUAGAAUGAGAAGCAAGAGUUUCUCUACAGUUGUCCUCUUGAUGAUUGAUGCAAAAACAGGACCAUUUUCUGAGCUGAACGACAUUGUCGAACAGUUUCGCAGAGGCUUGCACCAUGGCAUAUCAUGUAGAGUUGUUUGGAUUAACGCACCACCGAACGCUUGUGAAAAUGAGAGAGGGGACAUUAAUUGUUCGAAACCUUUGCACGGACCGCGUCUUAACCGAGUGCUAAAGAUGUUGCCAGAAUUUGGUGGAAAUGAGCCAAUAGAAACACCUUCAGAGAGGGAGAGUUUUAUCAACUCAGCUCGUACUGGUCAAAAGCCUAUUGGAAACCCAGAGGACGAGCAAGGAACUUCUAAACCGAGUGACGAUGAAAAUAUCUUAAAUGGAAAGAGAGUUUUGGUGGUUGAUGAUGAUCAUAUACCAUCUUUGGUUGCAACAAGAAAUCUGAAGAAGAUAGGAGUGUCUGAGGUAAAGCAAUGCAACAGUGGAAAAGAAGCAGUGAGAUUAGUCAGUGAAUGGCUUACACAAAGAGAGCAACAAGGUUCAAUAGAUAUGCUUCCGUUUGACUACAUAUUCAUGGAUUGUCAGAUGCCAGAAAUGGAUGGAUAUGAAGCAACUAGAGAGAUUAGGAAAGUGGAGAGAAAAUAUGGAGUGCAUAUACCGAUUAUAGCUGUAUCUGGUCAUGAUCCAUGUUCAAAAGAAGCAAGAGAAACAAUAGAAGCUGGAAUGGACGCCUUCUUGGAGAAACCCCUGAAUCAAGACCAACUUUGCAAGGUCAUGAGAGAACUCGAAAGCAAGAUAUGA